UCUUACUGUUGUAGCUAUCCUGUAAAUCCCCCCCGGGACUCUUCUUCCAUCUCAUCACCACUACUGUUCCAAGAAUUGGUCAAGCAAUCUGCAGAGUGGUGUGGGCCUCCUUUCCUGCUUAAUUGGACCAUAUCAGCCUUGUGCUUGCACUAGGCUCUUUUUUCGUUGUUUUUUCUCUCUUUUUUCUCUAAUUCAGAUUCCUGAACUCUUGGUUACUGUUCUUCUCAUCGUGGUGAGUGAUGGUUGCUCCGUCGAAGCUACCAAAGGUGGCAGAAGUAAUUUGCUGAGGGUUUGAGUAAUCCACAACGAAGAUCGUAUGAUCGCAAUUUGAAGAGCAGUGGAUACUUGUCCAUCGCAAUCAUUGCGCGAAUUCGGUUGUCUCCGUAGAGGAUAUUGACUUUUGAACUUGGUUCGAGGGGUUGCUUCAUUCAAGAAAGUUGUGACGAAACUCUAGGUGCAGGAUUGCUAGAGCUCUCCAGAUUCCCAUGGGAAAUUUCCAUCAUUCUCAAGACACAAUCUCCUUGUGCCCUGUGUUCUGGGAUUAAAACGACCCGCAGACUCUCAAUCCCCAACCUUCUGAUGUUGCUUCGUUGAUAGACUUUGUCCAGGAGCACAAGUAGCGUCGUUGGAUAACCAUUUUAAGCCACAGUCAUGAUGCCGAAGUGUUGAACUCCGAGACGACCCAGUUUUAAAAGAAAGGGGAUGAGGCAGGAGCAUAUCACCCGGACAGAAUCGUAUUCUAUUACUUCCCACCUAUACGAAGAAUUUAUACACAAAUAAUGGCCGAGGUACAGACUUUGGUGAUUCAAACAGUGAUUCUUAAGGUAGUUCUUCAUUGCGAGGGAUGUGCUCGGACUGUCAAGCGAGCUGUCAAGCGAAUCCCGGGAGUGACAGCCUACAGUGUAGACUUCCAUGGUCAGCAGGUGACAGUCACAGGAUUAGUCACUCCCGAGGAUGUUUAUCGACACGUCUCUCGAACAGGCAAGAUCACGGCGCUGGUGCCUCCACCUCCACCGCCGCCUCCACCCCCUGAAGAGCCAGCCAAACCUCCGGAGCCUCCCAAAGAAGAGCCCAAGGUAGAAGAGGCCAAACCUGAGGAGCCAAAGAAGGAAGAGGCAGCUGCACCUGCUGCCGAAGAAAAGAAGGAAGAUCCACCCAAAGCAGAGGAGCCCAAGAAAGAGGAAGAGAAGAAACCUGAGGCCGCGGCACCACCACCAGCUGAGGAAAAGAAGGGAGACGACAAGAAGGCCGAGGAAGCCAAAACGGAUGAGAAGAAAGAAGAAGCAGCACCGGCACCGGCACCACCCACCGAAACGAAAGAAGAGGCAGCCAAGCCAGCUGAGGAACAACCCAAGGCAGUGGAGGAGAAGAAAGACCCACCGCCACCUCCACCGCCAGCUCCAGCUCCAGCGCCGCCUCCGCCGCGUCCACCGCCCAGUUUCGAAGAUAUGUACCCAGUGACGUUUGUGCUUGGACCCGAUUACACCCGCUACUACUACUACUAAAGGAUUUUUGCAACGCAGGGAGGUUCGUUGGAUGGGGCUCCAGCAUCAUCAUCGGCAACUGGGUCGGCCUGGCAACAAGUCAACUAGCAGGGGGGGAUUCAAAGAUUCGCGGCGAAGGAAUCGGUUUAUCGUGUGGAGACCCACCGCAUCCUCUCCCUAUCGAUGCAUCGUUAGUUUGCCGGCGUCUGUGUGGGUUUCGAGCACUUCAGGAUAAUUGUUUGCCUACUUUGCGGUCGGUCCAUCGCUGCGGACGAAGAUGUAUCCUACGGUUUCCAUCGAACUAUACUCUCGAUAUAUGUAUUCAUCCAUCAGUACGAUCUAUACAUCCAUCCAUCCAUCCAACCACGCAGAGGAAAUCAUUCAUAUGUGCAAUUAUAGAGGUUGUGUGAGAAGUAUACGCCUAUAUGUAAUAAAAGUUUUGGAGUGUGGGUUUUCUUUUCUUUUCUUAUCA